AUGCCUGGAGUGUCUUCCAAGGUCAAGGGCGCCACGGCGAUGGCCGCGGACGAGCAGCAGGUGGCGACUCCCAUCAGCGCCAAGAAAUCCAAAAAGAAAGGCAAGGACGCCGAUACGCCCGUGAAGCGGAAGCGCGACUCCACGUCGUCAGCCGAGCCGGCGGGGGAGGAAGUUACGCCGAAGAAGAAGUCGAAGAAGGCCCUGGCAGAAUCCGCGGAGGAAGGUUCGGCGAAGAAGUCAAAGAAGAAGCAGAAGAAGUUGAAAGAACCAGAGGCGCCAGCGGAGGAGCCGGAGAAGGAGGAUUCUGACGGAUCUGCCGACGCGUCAAAGUCUUCUGACGAAGCUAACGGAGCUGGAACGGAGACCGCGGGCGAGAUUGACGGCGCUUCGGACGGUCCGGAGGAGCCGCCGGCGGCGGACGAGGAGGAUCGCGAGGACGAUCCGAACAGCCUCGACAAUUUCCGGCUGUCGCCGGCCGUGAAAGCCGCGCUGCGCCGCAAGUCCAUCACGUCGCUCUUCCCCAUCCAGGCCCAGACGUUCGACCUCGCUAUGGACGGCAUCGAUAUCAUCGCGCGCGCGCGUACGGGGCAGGGCAAGACGCUCGCGUUCGUGCUGCCGAUCGUGGAGCGCCUGAAGAUGCUCAAGGAGAGCGGCGGCAAGGGCGCCGGCGCCGGGUUCGCGAGCCGCAGCAAGCUGCCGAGCGUGAUCGUGCUGGCGCCGACGCGCGAGCUCGCGAAGCAGGUCGGCGACGACUUCGAGUACAUCGGCCGCGCCGCCGGCAUGUCCGUCGUGUGCGUGUACGGCGGCGCGCCCAUGGGCCCGCAGGAGCGCGCGCUCUUCCGCGGCGUCGAUAUCGUUGUCGGCACGCCUGGCCGUAUCAAGGAUCUGUUGCAGCGCGGGUCGCUAAAGCUGAACGAGGUGCGCUUCCGCGUGUUGGACGAGGCGGACGAGAUGCUCGACAUGGGCUUCGUCGACGACGUCGAGACAAUCCUCAAGUCGGUGGACGACCAGUCCAAGGUGCAGACGCUGCUCUUCAGCGCCACCGUGCCCGAGUGGGUCAACAAGAUAUCGAAGCGGUUCUUCCGCGAGGAGAAGCGCGUGGUGGAUCUGGUGGGCGGCGAGCGGCAGAAGGCGAGCACCAACGUGCGCCACCUGCUCAUGCCCUGCCACACCAAACAGCGCUUCCAACUCGUCGCUGACGUCAUCGCCACCUACAGCCUCGGCGGCAAGGUGAUACUGUUCGUGGACACAAAGAGCGCCGCCUCAGAGUACGCGCAGAACUUGGCGCACCUGGGGGCGCGCGCACUGCACGGCGACGUGGUGCAGCAGCAGCGCGAGGUGGUGCUGAAAGCGUUCAAAUCGGGCGCCUUUCAAGUGUUGGUGGCAACAGAUGUGGCGGCCAGGGGGUUGGACAUCAGCGACGUGCAGCUUGUUCUGCAGGCGCAGGUCCCCCGCACCGUCGAGACCUAUAUCCAUCGGUCUGGCCGAACCGGCCGUGCAGGCAACACGGGGGUGUCAGUGUUGGUGGCGGACAGGUGGGCGGGGCGGAUAGUGGCGCAGAUAGAGCACACAGCGGGCGUCAAGUUCGAGCGCGUCAGCCCACCACAGCCUGCUGACCUCGUUAAAGUCGCCUCCGCUGCAGUCACCACCAAAGUCAAGGCCGUGGGGGACAGUGUGGUGCCGCUGUUUGAGGGCUCAGCCCAGGAGCUCAUCGACUCCACUGGCCUCUCGCCCCUCGCUGCGCUUGCCAAAGCCCUUGCUUGCCUCGCCGGUCACACGGAGCUCAAGGCGCGCUCACUGCUGUUGAGUCAGCAGGACCAAGUCACGCUGCUGCUGCGCUGCGUCUCACCCUUCUACUCGCCCUCCUACGUGCUACGGUUCUUCGAGCAGCACCUCACACCGGACCAGACACGGGCAAUCAAUGGCAUCACCCUCACGGCUGACGGCUGUGGGGCCGUCUUCGACGUGCCUGUGAAGGAUAAGGAUCUUUACCUCAAAGCGGCGGCAGCGGCGGCAGGCAACGGGUUUUCAAAUAUCCAGGUGGAGGAGGCAAAGACACUCCCCGAGCUCAAACAAGCGCCCAUGACAAGCAGCAGUCCCGGAGGCCCAAGAAGAUGGGGAGGAGGUGGAGGGGGAGGGGGGGGAGGGGGCAGUGGUGGGCGUGGCAGGUUUGGUGGUGGUGGUGGCAGCAGAGGUGGUGGGGGAGGGGGAUAUGGGGGGAACAGGAGGGGAGGCAGUGGUGGUGGUGGCGGCGGUGGGUGGAGAAGUGGGAGAGGGUAA